AGUGAUUAGAUCACCUCUUCUCGCCUUCGCCGACUACCGCACACCGACGUCCUCCGCCUUUAAACCCCCGCCUUCCAUUUACGCCGAGCUUUCUACUAACAUACGAAACAACUCCUCCUCUCUCUCAUUCAAUCUAAAAGCUUUCUGUCUCAAAAAACAUGCCAGGGUUAACAUGCAACGCCUGCAACAAACAACUCAUCGAUGAAAAUGAUCAGAAGAUCCAUUACAAGUCUGAAUGGCAUCGCUACAACCUCAAACGCAAGCUUGCAGGGGUUCCAGGAGUUACAGAAGCGCUUUUCUUAGCAAGACAAUCCACACUUGCAGAAGAGAAAAGUAAAAUGAGCGAGCUUCCUAUGCUGUAUGCUUGUGGCCUUUGUGGCAAAGGAUAUAGAAGUUUCAUGGCUCAUGCUCAGCAUCUGAAAUCUCGUGUUCAUACCACUAGGGCAUCGCGAGAUGAGAAUACUGCAAUGAUAAUAAUAAAGCCACUUCCACCCCUUAUUGUGAAUGAUCUUCCCCAAAUUGGUGAAGAAAGUGAUGAAUGGGAGGAGGUUGACCAAAACGGCAGUUUGAUCGGUGAAAUGACAUCAACCUCAGAUGAGGACAUGGAUGAUGAGGAUGAAGAGGAAUUGGAUCCAACUUCUUGUUUCCUGUGUGACCAAAAGCAUAAAACUAUUGAAAGCUGUAUGAUCCAUAUGCACAAACAUCAUGGUUUAAUCAUACCUGAUGUUGAGUAUCUGAAAGAUCCAACAGGCCUUCUUACAUAUCUUGGACUUAAGGUUAAACGUGAUUACGUAUGUUUAUAUUGCGACAUUAAUUCCCAGCCUUUCAAUAGUUUGGAAGCAGUUAGGAAACAUAUGGUGGCAAAAAACCAUUGCAGAGUGCACUAUGGUGAUGGUGAUGAUGAAGAAGAAGCUGAACUAGAGGAAUUCUAUGAUUAUAGCACCAGUUACGUGGAUGAAAACGGGAAGCUGCAGCUUGUUACUGUUGAUGAUGGUACAGGUGAUAGCAUAGAACUAGGAAGCAGUGGAUCCGAACUCAUUAUAACUAGAAGAAAUGAUGAUGAUAAAAUAUCAACGAUAGCAAUUGGUUCAAGGGAAUAUUUGCGUUAUUAUCGUCAAAAACCACGCCCAUCAAAUGGAAAUGGAACUGCUGAGCUGGCAGCAAAAAGGUAUAAAAGCAUGGGUUUAUCAAAAGAGAAGAUGGUGAGGAAGAAUGUGAUGAAGCAGAUGAAUAGGUCAGGGGUAGAGGCGAUGAAAUCCAAAAUAGGCAUGAAAAGCAAUGUCAUCCGUAACCUCCCCAAGAACGUUGCAUAUUGAUUUUUAAACAUGUAUUUUUCAAUUAAAUGCAUACAUUUAUGUGAUGAAGCAGAAGAAUGUUGCAUAUUAAGUUGCAAAUUUUGUAGAUUUUCUUGGUUAUGUGCUAAUGAAGAAAGGUAAGGGGGAUGUGUAGCGUGGAUAUGAAGUCGUGAAAGAGAAGCAAUUUUUGGAUGUUGGAUCAUAUAGAUAUCUUUUGUGGUUUUUGGAUGCAAAUUAUUAGGAUGGUAGAUGUAUCUUUGGGUAAAGCCCAAUAUUGCAUUUAUAAUAAUGUAUAUUAGUUUGAUAUGGUAC